ACGUGGUUUACAACUCAUAAGGUUCAUCGAGAGUGCACGGAGGACAAGACCGGCGAUGGAUUCCGUGAAAUGUUUGGUACCGGCGAACGAUGUGGACAGCAGUGAUGAUGAUGAGGAACCGUCAGACCAGCUAAUGACAACGAUAUCUCGUCAUUCUUUCGGUGAAGACUCGGAUGAACCGCCUUUUUCAGUCUCAAUCAUCGAGAACAUGAAGGAAGAAUACGGUCUGUUUGUGUGGCCAUGUAGCAAAAUCCUCGCAGAGUAUGUUUGGCAACAGAGAUCACGCUUUUCUGGCACAAGUGUGGUCGAGCUUGGAGCUGGAACUGCAUUGCCAGGUUUGGUUGCUGCAAAAUUAGGUGCCGAUGUCACUUUGACAGAUAAUUCCGACGGAGUAGAGGUGCUGGAUAACGUUAAAAGAGUGUGCGAACUAAACAAAAUCAAGUGUAAAGUAUUGGGGCUUACAUGGGGAGUUUGGGAUGCAUCUAUAUUCAAUUUGCAACCUAAAAUUAUUCUCGGGGCUGAUGUAUUCUAUGAUGCAAGUGCCUUCGAUGACCUUUUCGCCACAGUGACAUUCUUGCUCCAGAAUUCUCCGGGCUCAGUUUUCAUAACUACUUAUCACAACCGGAGUGGUAAUCAUCUUAUUGAGUUUUUGAUGGUCAAAUGGGGUUUAAAGUGUGCGAAGCUUCUUGAUGCCUUCUCCUUCAUGCCAUCCUAUAAGGCAUCUGGGCUUAGUGGCAACAUUCAAUUGGCAGAGAUAGUACUGAAGGCUUAAAAAUUUAAGUUAUUAUUGCCUUUUAUCAGCAUAUGCAGCUGCACAGAGAUCCAGCUACUGCAAAAUCGAAAGCUGCUUUUUUUCCUUCAAUUGAUCGGUUUGUUUUUCUUCUCUUUUAUUUGGAGAUGGGAGGGAUUCCAAUUUCCAAUCACUGCCCUGAGGACGAAAUGGUUAGGAGCAAACCUUUUGUAAAGGUGAUCAUUGUCCCUGACAAAUAAAAGGUCUUCAUCCAAGUUUUUAUCACAAAAGGCUGGGGUCAGCUAUGAGAAAUUUAAUGGGAAUCUACUACAUGUAUUCGUUUCCAAAUAAAGGUAAAAACCUAUAAAUUUCUUCCACGUAACGUGCCUGAGCUUUCUGAAAUAAUAUCAUUCUCCAUUGCAUUGAUUUGAAGUAAAACGGCCAACCCUUGAUUAAGGCUUUUGCUGUCCCUCAAUUUUUUUCGUUAAAGAAAGAAAAAAUAACUAGUCCCUUUACUUGAUUACCCAGCUCUCAUAACCAUAGCUGACAAAACCUUAAGUAAUUACUAGUUUACAACUCUACAGUCCUUCCUAACCUCCUGUCCACCUGUCAUGCUGUUCAUCUUGAUCAUGGAGUUCAUGAAGGCCUCUGAGAGAGCUCCUUGUGAACUAGCAAACUUAGGGACCAAGUCUUUAGUCUUAGGAGUACUGAGUAGAGCUUGGUCUGAAGAGGAUGCAUUUUCCCUGGAAGAUUAAUUUGAAGUAUGUGUUAUCAAAAGUGAUUGCAGAAGGAUCCAUGGUGGCACCAGUAUUAUUCUCUUGAUUUUUUUUUACUGGACACACUGUCUUUAAGCUUUCUGCAGAGGAUGGAUGCAUUGAAGGAUCUACUUCGUUUGUGGCGUUGAAAUUGUGGAUUAUACUUUAGAAAGAUGAACAAUGAGAAAAUCCUAGAGUAUGCCCUCCUGCAUAAGAGUUCAGUUAUGCCGACACUGUCAUUUGGUUGGGGGAAGUAAGAGUAGACAAUAACUGGUGCAGUCAUGCUUUGUUUACCUGCAUAAGACCCACUAGGUCAUUCAUGGAUAAACCUCUCUGAGAAAAGCUUUGUUGCAGCUGAGAUGUGCCAAAGGUCGAGGAUGGCAAUUGUCUUGUUUCACUGGACCUCCACAACUUAAAACAAAAUUCAGAAAGAUUUUAGCUUGUCUGGAGUCUCUUACAAGACCAACUGCAUUUCUGGCAGCAAGAGCCAAGAUAUCAGCAAUUGAUGAUGCCACACCAGAACACACAGCUCCCAAUUCUUUCUUGGGAUUGUCAAUUACAUAGGUAUAUGAUUGGAUUAUAGACAGCUUUAAAGGAGAUGAUUUCCUACGUACCCUUAUGAAACAUUCAUGAAAAUGCUUUCUGAGUAAGGCUGCAGCUACUGUUUUGUCUUCCAUGAUUACAUUCGUGAGUGCUUCUGCAACUAUGAACUCUUCAUCAGGGCAUGUCUUCUUGUAGUAAUUCAAGUUUAGUGAAGCUCCCAGUGAAUAGAAUGAUGGAAAAGGAGCACAAAAUGACUGUCAUUGUAUGGAUUCCCUCUAAGCUCUCUGUAACUGUCUUUGAAUUGAAGGAAUCAAAGCAUGACUAUGGUAUAUGUGGAUGCGAUUUUUGUAUCCAAAGGAUUAUCCGCUCCGGAGUACCUGAACUGAUAUUCAUACCCUUCCACAUGCUCUAAUCCUCUGAGCUACGUGCCCCACCCCCUGUCUCCACUGGAUCUGUUCCCUGGAGUACCCUAGAAAAAAGGAACAUUUCCUCUCCCCAGUCAUGUCGGGUUAAGAAGAUGUGUCUUUCUAUAAGAACGGUGCGUUCCGAGGUGUGAAGUGGGAGAUGAGGGAUUUCAUACAUGGGAUUUGGAUUUAUUUCAGGAAAACAUUUCGCCUCCGCGAGUCUAAAGAUGUAGGUCCAGUCUAUUGCUAAUGGAGGAGCCCAUCUAUUCUUAAAUCCAUGAAGAAAAGCCCAAAACAAAAUCUGAUCCACAUCGAUUAUGUAGGUUCUUAUUUUUGGGCCUUGUAUAUAAAAGUAGGCCCAGUCCAUUACGAAGCUGUUUUACUCCCGGUCUUCUUGUCUCUUCUUCGGGGUGGUUAUCUGUUGAACCUAGAGGACCGUUAAGACCGCCACUACUCUCCGUCGCCGCGCGCAUACUCCCAAGAUGGGCUCGAAAAAUGCAGACCAGAAAAAGAGGAAGAA